GAAGCGGAAGUUCGGAGUUGCGCAAUCUUCCAGAAUCAAAACAGAGGUUGAAAUUUGUCAUUACAACAUUUUGCAAAAAUGGGCAUUAAAGGUCUACAGAGUUUUGCUCAAAACAGCCCCAAUGUUUGUAAUAUGAUCAACAUAAAGACACUUGCCCACAGACAAAGGUCAUUGUAUCCUGGAUGUACACCAACCAUUGUGGUAGAUGCUAUGGGCUGCCUUAGGACGUGGUACACACCAAAUGCUUGGGUUCAUGGAGGCCAGUGGAAAGAAUACUUAUGUAGUUUGCAGAAAUUUAUUACAGCUUUUCAGUCUGCUGGGAUUCGUCUUGUGUUCAUCUUUGAUGGUGUUGUAGAGCAAAAGAAGAGAGCAGAAUGGGCACAGAGGCGUCUGAGGGACAACCAUGAAAUAUCAAAAAUAUUCAGUUUCAUUAAAUGUAGCGGUAAGCAGCCUGACAGAAAUAUGUUCUUUAUACCUUCUGGUAUAUCCACUUUUACACGAUUUGCAUUGAAAGCUCUGGGCCAGGAAGUCGUUUGUUCACGUGUAGAAGGUGACUAUGAAGUGGCUAGAUAUGGUCUACAGCACCAGUGCCUUGGAAUCCUAGGAGAGGACAGUGACUAUCUCAUCUUUAAUACUGUUCCUUAUUUCUCUAUCAACAAGCUUCAACUUCACAACCUAGUCACUCUAAUGUACUCAAGAGAGGGCCUCUGUGAUAGUCUUGGCCUCUGUAUUUCUGACUUGCCUCUCCUUGCUUGUCUACUUGGUAAUGACACAGUACCAAUGCACAUGGUGGAAGACUUUCAAAAAAAUUGCUUAACAUUAUAUCGGUCAAAAGGUACUCGGCAUAACAGGAGAACCCAGGUUAUUCAAGCUGUGGCUGCUUUUAUUGCACAUAUACAAAUGUCACCACACUAUCUCAGUGAGGUAGAGAAGUAUUUUCCUAACAGGUCUGACCUCCAGUUACUACAAAAGGGGGUGAAAUCAUACAUAUUACCACAGCAAACAUCACCAUGGCUAUCUUCAAAGUCCCAGUGUCCUGAUGACACCAAAGUUCCAGAAACUCCUGUGUGCCCAGACAAAGACGUUGUUCAGAUUGUUCUAGAUCAUCACUAUAAGGGGGAUAACACCAUGAUAUGCAACGUUUUGUGCCUUGGAGAGACUGAAUGCAGUAACACAUUGGAAGAUGAUACCGACUCUGAGAUCCCUGGACAAGCUCUUGUCUAUAGACGUGCCCGUCAGCAUAUUUAUGCAGUCCUGCUUGGCACUGGCAAUGGUUCUCAGGAAACAUGUCCUGUAGUCAAGGAAUGGUAUGUCUAUCCUGGAAACCCACUGGAUCGGCCAACUUUAGUACAGGCUGUUCCACUGUCAACACCUGGUGGAACACCAGGUGUGAGAAGCCUAUUGCUAGGUACAGGUCCUGAUAUCCAAAGACUCCGUUUCCAUACAUGCAUGGCUUGCUUUGAUGCAGAUCAUUACGUAGAGGAACUUAGUGUCUUGGAACCUCCACUCGCUGCCACUUGCUGCCUGCUCAUAUACCUUGCACUACAGGUGGAAAGUCUUAGUUUAGAGGAUGUGGAUGCAUUUCUGUCCCAAGCUGUGUGCCUUCCAGGAAAAUCUGCAGGGGAACUAAAGUGCUUGCAGGUUUAUUUUGUUGACUCCAGAGCAGUCCACCUUGCAUUUCUGUACCUCCGUGGCAUAGUUACAUUGAUGGGAGCCAAUAGUGCCUGUGGAUACCCCUUUAAAAUGAUGGAUUUGAUGCCGUGGAACACAUUUGACGGGAAGCUGUUCCAUCAGAAGUACCUGCAUUGCCAUAAAGGGAGUUCUGUGGAGGAGAUCUUGGAUGGCAAUGAAUCUCUUAUAGCUCAGUUCAAGAAGCUGAAGGCCAUUGUUUAUGGUGCCUGCAUAGCAAAAAGGAGGACACUGAAGGCCCAGAGAAGAGAACACUACCAUUUGCAAGACCAGAGACAAAGUGCCGGAGGCCAAAAGGCGAGAGGAUACCAACAUUCAAACAGAUGGCCACGUUAAUUCUUACCUAAUUGGUAUACAACUGAAAUUAGAAUCAUACCACAAACCUGUGAGUUGAUGUGAAUCGUUGCUCUCUUAUGUACCACCUUCAUAGUUGAAGCUAUUAUAUCUAAAUAUUUUGUUUGUUUUUAUAAACACAAAUAUUUUGCACGCUAAUGGUUUACAGUAGCACUUUAUGAAAUGACCUAGCUUGGCUUUAAACAUGUACCUUGAAAUAUUAAGCUUAACAAUUACCAAAUGUUACUUAAAAAGCUGUACUGAAUUUAAAUAUUAAAACUGAUAACGCUGAAAAUCACGAGCAUAUGCGGGUGUAUACAAUAAAGAAUUUACCUUUGAAAA